AAACGAGGAAGUUUUUUUUUGCUUGCUUCAUCACUUAAAUCGUGUCAGUCAGAUCUGUGAUCAGUAAAAUUUCUAUUUAUUUAAAUUGUUCUGUGUCUAAAUGGCGCUUGAGGAUGAGCUGUCGUGCACUAUGUGCACUGAAUUCUUUCGUGAUCCGGUGUUAUUGGGCUGUGGACACAGUUUUUGCCGUCAGUGCAUUAGUUUACACUGGGCUGUGAGUAGCUUCAGAAGAUGCUCCAUCUGUCAGCAGGUGUCACCGCAGCAACCAGUGUCCAAUCUGAGCCUGAGAAACACCUGUGAGUCUUACCUGAGCGAGAAAAGCACGAGGACAGAGAGCAGUGGAGACCAAGAGUGUUCGAAACACGGAGAGGUGAUCAAACUAUUCUGUCAAACAGAUGGAAAAGCCAUAUGUGUAACGUGUAAGAAACAAGAACACAACGGACACAAAACACAACUGCUUCAACAAGCUGUAAAACAACGCAAGGGGAAGCUGAAAGCAGAGAUUCGUCCCGCUGAGAAGACCUUGUGGUCAUUGCAGAAUGGCACAGCACUAGAUAACAAAAUCUCCAAGUAUAUUCAGACUCAAAGUCAGAUGACAGAGAAGAAUAUCAGGAAAGAGUUUGAGAAACUGCAUAAGUUCCUCAGACAGGAGGAGGAGAGCAGGAUAUCAGCUCUAAAUGAAGAAAAGAGAGAAAAGGGAGACAAGAUAGAAGGAAGAAUACAAGACGGAAUUCUGUCUCUCUCUGACAGAGUCAAAGAAGUGGAAGAACAAAUUGAGGAAGAUGACAUAAUUUUCCUGAAGAAUUAUGACAGCAUUCUAACCAGAGCUAAAUACACGCUUCCAGAUGCAGAACUGAGUUCAAAUACUCUUAUCGAUGGUUCAAAAUAUCUGGGCAACUUGAAGUACCAUGUGUGGGAGAAGAUGAAGGACAUCUGCCCUUACUAUCCCGUGAUCCUGAACCCAAACACAUCACUACCAGACUUCUCCGUGUCAGAUGAUCUGACCUCUGUGACCUCAUGUCUCUUUCAGCAGGACAAGCGCAACCCUUUUCCUCAGCACAGGAACAGUGUGGUGUUGGGGAAUGUGGGAUACACUGAUGGCACCCACACAUGGGAAAUCGAGGUGGGAAACAGUCAAUAUUGGAGCCUUGGUGUGUGCUUAGGUUCAGUGAAAACAUCUGAUGUGUGUACUUUGACCCCUGCAAAAGGCUUCUGGGGUAUUAGACGCGUUGGAUCCUCAUUUGAAUUGAUGAGUGCUCAGAUAUCUAGAUUAAAGACGAAGGGAAAUCCAGAAGUAAUCCGAGUAAAGCUUGACUACCGUUGUGAUGAGAAAGGGGGGAGAUAUUGGUACGUGAGAUUUUUUGAUGCUGGGAAUAAUUACUUAAUUGCAGAAUUUAAUGCAGUGCCAGGAUUGAAACUCUUUCCCUUCAUGAUCCCAGAAGAUUCGUCCGCCCCGCUGCGUGUUGUUCCAGCUAACAUCAUGCUGACUGUUGAACAGAAAUUGCCGUUCCUGGAGAGACAUUCGGUCAUUUUCAUGAUCUGUCUGUGUUUUGUCACAGCUCUAACGUUCCUGAUUCUGGCAUGGUUGAUUGAAAGACACAACAGAUGAAUAUCUGUGGAAAAGCACAUCAUAUGAUGGCUGUUCAACAUCUGCUUAUUACAUGGCUACUUGCCAUAUAAGUAAAUAAUUAGACGUGAAUUAUUGAAUAUUCGACUAGCUCAUUUAACGCAAAGCUUACACAAAUAAAAACAGUUCCUAGUAAGCAUCUUUGAGCCUUGAUGAAAGAACAAGUUCAAAGACAGACAUUUAUGCAAUAAUUUAUAGUACGACAGGGUGAUAUAGACCUUUUUCUGAACGCGGACGUCUCGCUCGAUUAGAACGGUGCUUUACAUUUCCGGUUUCUAGUCACAUUUACAUAUUUUCCGAGCCGAUAAUAUAAUGUGAAACCUAUGAAAAUGAUUUUAAAAAAUCAUGUGGCGCCAUUGUUUCAUAAUUUUACAGUGUCGCAAUGACCGUCUUCUUGCAGUAAAGGACCUGCCAUAUUUCAGUGAGUGGGAAGAUGACAUGAAGCUACGCGAGGUUAAGCUGCAUUGAAAACAGAUGAGUGAUGCAGCUCCCGAUCGGGGCGAAGUUCAUGGGAUUUUGUCCACAGAAUGAUGAGCAAACAUUAUUUUAACAUAUUAUUAUUUCACACAGUAUUUUAAACUUAAGUGCUGCAAACCAUGUAUACAGUGCCUGACAAGACAGGUUUUCUGAUACGCAAAACAAGUACUUUAAAGGAAUUCCUUCACUUACUGCCGUUACUGUGGCAGCCAACAACAGCACAGCAACCCUCCGCACAUUUUUAUAUGUAGUUAUAUUGAAAAAGUUUCAGUUCAGUCAAUCUUUUUUUUUUCCCGUUUUAACGGAUUUCUAUGGAGAGCACCCGCACGGAAGUUAGAAUCUGUCAUGGCGCCGCUCAUCGGUUACUCAGGAAAUAGUUCUAUAGACAAAAAUACUACAAUCAUACAAUAUCACUAUAUUCAUUAAUGGGGAAGGAAAUGCUUUCCACAUGUUUGUUAGACCUUGAGAAUGAAUGUUAACAUAAAUUGUUUGUUCACAAUUAAAUUCCACAGAGUAAGCUAUCUUUUAAACCAAUUUAUUUUCCAUAAAUGCUGUUUUUGAAUAAAACAAUAAAACAUACACUUAAUUAAUUAAUUAAACUUUUAAUAUGUAAUCAAAUGAAAAUAUAACAAUUAUUAUACAACAUUUUUAUUUGUGUCAAAAGUUGCUGCACAAGAGAACUGUACAAAUUAAA